UGAAGCGCCGGUUUCUCGUUCAUUCUCCUCCAUCUAAAUUGUCAGAGCACCUCGCUAUUGUUCUUAUUUAAGGAAACCAAGUAUUUGUAUACUUCUGAACAAUUUAAUACUAAUCUUGUGUCCAAAGAGACUUGGGGGAUCGUACUCACUCCCAUAAGACGACUUGAAUUAGCUAGUUGGAGUAUCUCCGCGUCACCUACUGACGACUGGCAGUCUCUUACAAAAGUCCUCCCACCCAGCACAACAGACCUACGACUCCACUCAGUACCCACCCACCAGUAUACAGAAAAUUGGUUGAUAGUAGAUUCUCCCUCCUCACUCCAUCCACUCUAAAACCACUUCUGCCUCCUCCUCCCACUGCUACACGAAACUCUACCAAGCCGCCGAGCACCCCUGACAUCGUCGUGUCAUCAUCACUGUACUGCAGUUUUUUGCAGCUCUAGAACCCACCUAUCUACACCACUGCUACUACUUCGACUACUACAUGGCGUCGAAUCUCGUCGCAUCCUCCUCGCCUUUGUAGACUCAUCGGCAUUAAGCUCGCCACCAUCUCAUUACUUGCAAAUCACCUCCAAUCCGCCCUUCUUUUAUCAAUCAAUCAAUCAAGUUGUAGGCGCCGACACAUUCCUCCCACCUCCUGAUAGCUCAUGCGUUGGUCUGCCGACCUACGCAUUGUUCACCUAUUGUUGUGCAUUUGUCGUUUGUAGUCGUAUUCGUUUAAAAAUGUUACAAUCAACCGACAUUCAUCAUACCGCAAUUAAACCAUCUGUCUUACCAGCGUCUCUCUCUUGCUUCCUGAUGGACAAAGACAAAUAUGUCAAGACAUCAAGAAUGGGAUGUGCGAUGCAAGGUUUACGUUGGAAACUUGGGGAACAAUGCGUCGAAAACAGAAUUGGAAGCCAUUUUCUCUCACUAUGGUCCUCUCAAGAACGUCUGGGUCGCUCGAAACCCUCCAGGGUUCGCGUUUAUUGAAUUUCAAGAUCCAAGAGGUAAGGAUGCUGAGGAUGCAGUGAGAAACUUGGAUGGCACUCGAAUCGGAGGAUGCCGAGUACGAGUUGAAAUGUCAACAGGGCGAAGUCGAGAUCGUCGUCCCCCACCACGUGGAAGCAGUGGCGGAGGAGGAGGUGGUGGAAGAUAUAGGAGCAGAUCGCGGUCUCCUCCUCCUCGAGGAGGUCGAAGAGGAGGCAGAUCUUUCAGUCGAAGUCCACGACGUUCGCGUUCAUUCUCUCCACGACGUCGAGACAGGUCUGGAUCCCGCAGCGAUUAAACGCGAUAAAACCAUAUCUCAUGCCAGUUGUUUUAGUUUUAUACUAUAUAUUGUGUGUUUUCUUAUUCAACUACACGGUUUCAGUCAACUUUGCAUUUUUCAUCUCUGUCAGAAUGUAAGUUCAGUUAAAGUACACUUUAUGUUCGCAAUGAUGAUGCGUGUAUAAACGAUAUUGUAGUAUUUUUAUUUGUAGUUGGUUAUUUUACUUUCUGUUAUUUUACUCAUUUAAUUCAGUACUAAAUCUAUUAUGCAUUUCAAAAUCGAUUGUACAACAUCAACUUGUGUUUCUAAUUAGUGACAUAUUCGGAGAAGUAUGAUUAAUAAUUUAUACUUGCAUAAGUUGCUAAUAAAAAAACUUAAAAACUA